AGACGGUCGAUCCAGCGUGCCGGGGUGUGGGUUCUGAGUCCCUCCUUCGAUUUUAGAAGUGACUUCUCCGCACAAUUCACCUCAGUUCGCACCUCCGCGCAUCAAUUAGCCAGUUGCAUUCAAGGAAACAGUCUCUUGCAAUGGCGUCCGUAGUUGCUGCCUCCACCAUUGUGGCCCCUGCUGCCUUUGCUGCAGCCUCCGCCUCGGUUGGCUCUGCUGACUCCACCUCCGUGAAGGCUUUCUCCGGUCUCAAGAGCGCCACUCUCUUCACCUCCAAGGCCCAGACAUUGAGCUCAGUCCAGAACCGCAGCCGUGUGCAGUGCAUGCAGGUGUGGAACCCCAUUGGCAUGACCAAGUUCGAGACCUUCUCAUACUUGCCCCCACUUUCUGACGAUGCCAUCGCCAAGCAGGUGGAGUACAUGAUCCAGCAGAAGCUUAUCCCCUGCCUCGAGUUCGACGUGAACGCCAACGGAGUAUCUCGUACCAACAACUCCAGCCCAGGCUACUACGAUGGUCGUUACUGGACCAUGUGGAAGCUGCCCAUGUUCGGAUGCCAAGACUCCGCUCAAGUCUUGAGGGAGAUUGAGGAGUGCAAGAAGACCUUCCCCGGCUGCUUCGUCCGCGUGUUGGGUUUUGACAACGUGAAGCAGGUGCAAAUCUGCGGGUUCCUGGUUGCUCGGCCUAACUAGAUUCUUCAAGCCUCGACUUGUCGAAAUCGAUAUUCAUGUAUCAGCGAUGUAUCCACUUUGUAUGCUAGUUACAUUACAGUUACAGUGAAUAAACAUGAAAUUUAAACAAACACGUUCUCGCUUUCUUCCCAAAUUCCUCGAUCUGUGUUGUCACUAGUAGGGGUUCUUAAUUUCGGUAAGACACUAGUGCAAUUUCAGUGUCGACAUGGCCGUAAUUCGUCUCAGAAACCUUCCAUUCAUAGUUGCUAUGCACGUAAAGGUUGAGUGCGUCUUGCAAUUCCAGGUCGAGCUUGCUAGUUCUCGAUUCCUCCUCCCGAAGUAUCGUGUCAUGAACCAAAACCUGCUCGAGUUACUGUAGGAUAAGCUUUUGCAAUGCAUGAAUUUAGAUAUUUCCCCUCAUCGGUCCAUACUGAGGCAGCUGUACAAUGGAUUUUGGAAAGCAAUGAUAACAAGCCGAACAUCGUUUGCUAUGA